AGCAGUGUGGUUAAGGUGAGGGUUAAAAUCAACCGUUAAAAAGAUAAAUAGUAGAAAUAGGCGGGGUUUAUGACUUUGUGGCUGGUAUAACUAUACGACCAAAAUAGAAGCCACUUUCUUGUUCGUCUUUUCACUGACAGACCGAGGCUACCGAUUUGUUUCAAUUCACGCUCUGGGGCUUGAAUAAUUUCAUACGGAGAUACGCGCUAACACUGCAGCAUCAAGAUGUCGUACAUGCUACCUCAUCUCCACAACGGCUGGCAGGUCGACCAAGCCAUUCUAUCCGAGGAGGACCGAGCCCUGGUUAUUAGGUUUGGACACGAUUGGGACCCAACAUGUAUGAAAAUGGACGAGGUGUUGUACAGCAUAGCUGAAAAGGUGAAAAAUUUUGCAGUCAUCUAUUUGGUGGACAUCACAGAGGUGCCGGACUUCAACAAGAUGUACGAGCUGUAUGACCCUUGCACUGUCAUGUUCUUCUUCAGGAACAAGCACAUCAUGAUAGAUCUGGGGACCGGUAACAACAACAAGAUCAACUGGACCAUGGAGGACAAGCAGGAGAUGAUUGACAUUGUUGAGACCGUUUACAGAGGAGCGAGAAAGGGACGGGGUCUGGUUGUAUCUCCGAAGGACUACUCUACAAAAUACAGAUACUGAUUGGUUCUUCCCAUUGCUUUGUGUGAUGCCCAAUGGGAGCGAAUCUGUCUUUUCAAUAUUAGACUUUAUGAACAGCUGGACUACAGACAGGCUCUCUUUUGAUGUUACUGACAAGUCACCUUUUUUCCAUUGCAGUUAUUAAAACCAGUUAACCAGUUAUCACAGCCUGUAUUCUCAGACCCAGAAUAAGGCUAGUCCUCGAUUUUAAAAAUAAAUAAAUCAUUCACAAUUAA